AUGCAGGGUGAGGGCGGGCGGGCCUUGGGGGAGGCACUGGAGGGGAUUCUACGGAAGGAUCUGCGGGCCGCCGACCUCAAAUGUAGCCUCUUCAUGUCGGCACUGCAGAGCUACCGGCGGGACUCGGUGUUGCGGCCUUUCCCCGCCGCCUACUUCAGCGGCGAGAACAAGGACUUCGACGCCUUGCUUGCUGAUGCCCAGAGUCUGCCAAGUUUAAAACAGCUGUUAGAGUCUGGAACAAUCCCACAAAAGCAAACCUUGGAACUUCUGACCUGGUUCUGUUUGCCAAAAAACCUCACCAUCAAAAGUUUGGGAAAAGGAGGGUUUGAUGAAAUUCAGGAACUCGUUGGGUUCACAACGCCUUCUGCUGCUACCCCUGACUUCCUAUUUGAGAUAGUUUAUUGUGAUCAGAUGAAUGCCAAGUUUGACGAAACCAAAGGAAACAGAGAUCUCAUCUAUGCAUUUCAUGGGAGCCGGCUUGAGAAUUUUUAUUCUAUAAUCCACUGCGGUUUACAGUGCCAUCUAAAUAAGACUUCACUCUUUGGGGAAGGAACCUAUCUUACCAGUGACCUGAGUUUGGCUCUUCUGUACAGUCCCCAUGGUAAUGGUUGGGAUCAGAGCAUUCUUGGACCUGUACUUAGCUGUGUUGCAGUUUGUGAGAUUAUUGAUCAUCCAGAUGUUAAAUGUCCAGUUAAAGGAAAAGAUACUGGAGGCAUAGAUCGGCGAAGAGCAAGGGUGAAAAAUAGUGAAGGUGGGGAUGUCCCACAAAAGUACUUUGUGGUCACGAACAACCAGCUCCUAAGAGUUAAAUAUUUGCUCAUUUAUGCUGAGAAACUACAUCGAAGAAGGCCCACAAGACAGCCAUCCUGGAUCUCCCAGCAUAGUUUUUUAGUUAUCAUGAUGAUGUAUUUGUUACUCCUGAUAGUUAUUGGCAUCAGUAAUUCACCGACUUUCCAGUAUUACUGGAAUCGAUUUCUUGAAACAAAGCGAUGAGUUUGUUGCUGCAGUGUUUUUAGCUGGCCAAAAUGCACAAUUCUUACCUGAUGCCUUAGUUCCCACUAUUACAGAAAGGCACUUGUGGACCAAUAAACUUAAUUUAUAAAAGCUCCAGGCAGCCUACUGUGCCAGGAAUGCUUUACAGGUUUGGGGAAACCAAUAUCAUUCCGUUUCAGCUCUGUUAUGGUUCUAUUUAGUUCCGAAUAAGGUAGGUCUUUUCUAUUGCUAAAGAGUGAUGGAUGACUGUGCUGGAGAAUGGAACUAUUAUUGAUUCCAAUUUUGCAACAGGCAGCUGUCUUCAACCCUGUGCUCAGUAUGCUGCAGGUGUAGAAUCAUGUGCCUUUUGCAUUAGCCCCACCAACUGGCUCAUACUUAACCUGGAAGUAGAAUUUGUAAUUUAGUUUACGGACUGAUUUUUUUUUCCCCACUGCAUUGGAGGCAGCUGAAACCACUGCACUGUUUUAAAUUCUGAUCUUGACAGUCAUCAGAGAGGAAAAAUCAUUGUGUCCCUUGAAGUGAGACUCUAGAGGAACUCCAAUUGUUUUCUCUCUGUGAUAUAAAUUCUUUCCCUUGAUAGAUCUGAGUGUCAAGAAAUCAAUUUUAUGUGUUCUUUAUAACAUGGUCAAAUAUAUCAAAUAUUUGACAUCGAACCAGAUCAAUGUCCCCAUAACAAGCUCACAGUUCUUCUUGUAUUGCUUUCCAAAAGAUUUCAAAAAAUCCUAAGCAUUAGAAGUAUGUACAGUAAAUAAUUUUAUACCAUAUUAUUAUGCAUUUUCUAUCCAUGGUUGAGAACUUUGAUGUAAGCCAGCUGUAAACUGGAGUUUUCUUGCAUAAGCUGUUGCCUGCUUUAAGUGCAAGAAAGGGUUUAUUGUAUUUAAUAUGUAUUAACCUAAGGGUUCAAUGAAAUAGAGGUCAUCAUAUAGGCUAUAAAGUAAAUAUUCUUGUUUGGGAUAUUGAAGUGAUUUCAGUUAAACAAUAUUUGUAGUUUAAUGCCUUCUCUGUUAUGACCUAUUCCCGCAAUCCAUUUCUAUAUGAGAAAUAUUUAUAUAAUAUAUGGCACGCAUGUAUUCAGCUGAACAUUAGAAUUUGUUUUCUGAAGUUAUUUAUUCUUGGAAGUAGUCACAAGGGUAAAACAUAAUGUCAGAUUCUGAUCUAUUUUACCAUGCUAAUACAAGACAUCCAUUGAGUUACCUGGCAGAAUCAAUCCUUCUGUCACAAUGUCCCAAUAUUGCUGAAUCUAAUAAACCUAAGUACAUUUUAAAAGUAAAACCAGGUUAUGUUUUCAUUCAAUGCCCACUUAAGAGUAUUAAUCUGCUCGUCUUGUUCUAGUCCCAGUUCACCCUCUAUGCCUUAAUAUUUGGUGACCAAAUAGAUAUUUUUUGAGUGUAAUGUAAAGUCAAUGAUGCAACUUUGUGAGAUUACAUCUUGUGAUUGAGUUGCUUAGGGAAAAAUUGUUACUUUAAUUUUCUUUAAAGGUAAUGGGGGUGGGGGUCAGAUAAUUUUGGUUUUAAGGUCAAACAAGAGAAAAUCUACAGAUGCGGGAAAUCCAAGCAACACACACAAAAUGAAGGAUCUUGGCCUGAAACAUUGACUGUACUCUUUUCCAUAGAUGCUGCCCAGCCUGCUGAGUUCCUCUAGCAUUUUGUGUUUGGUUUUAAAAUGCUUGAUAGAAUUUCUGUUCAAAUUCUAAGUAUUCGAAACAAUUGUUCGUAUUUACAAAAUCAUAUCAAUUUUGCAUUGUAUUGUGAGUAGCAAUGGAAAGUACGCUCUUUUUACCUCUAAUAAUGAACAAAAACUCUUCUCCAGGUUAUUUUCACACAUCUUGUCAUGUUGGCGCAAUUGAAGUUUAGAACAGAAAAGUUGUGUGAAGUGGUGAGGAAGUGGAGAAAAUACAAACUCUCCCCAUGUCCUCAAGCCCUAUUUCACAAUAAGAUUAAUGCCAAGUUUGGUAUUUCUUUGGAUGCAACAGGAGGGGAAAGUGGUGUUCUGUCAACUACUUAAUUCCAAGUGCCUACUUAAAGCUUGCCAGAUGACCUGAGUUUUAUUUCCCAUGUUGGGAGAAUGGCACUUACUAUUUUCUUCUGUUCUCCCAAAUGUUUUCUAUUGGAAUUGGAUGGGGUAGAGCUCUUGGAUAAUUGUUCUUUUUGAUUAGAUGCUUGACCUCAUUGUUUAGGUGGGAAUGCAUCCCUAGAAAUGUUUCUGAUGAAUGUCUUCAAUUCCUUUGGAUUACAAUCAACAUCUUAAGGAACUGGAACUGGAUAGUCUUUUUUCUUGUAGGAAGUCUCUUAUGUCUUCCUUUUUCUUGUAUUCAUGUUUUAAAAAUACUAAAAUCUCUUUACAGUGGUGAGAUGGUAUGAAUAAAAAUGACCAAUAAAGUCAUCUGUUACUUGUUUUUUUAGCUUCCGCUUCCAUUUUUUUGGGCCAUAACAUAUAAUUAUCCAUAUAUAGUCAGUUACCUUUUCUUCAUAAAACUAGAUUUAGAAGCACUUCCUCCAUUUCUGGCUUCUUGCCAUGCAAAUGAACGUACAUGUUAACUAAAUUCAAAGGUUUGAAUGUGAAAAGUAGCAGUUGGUUGCCUUUGAUGAUAUGGCUGGAACGUGGAAACAAAGGGUCGACUCUAGGAAUGUAUUGUGAAGAACAGGAGCCUAACAAUGAUGAUUAUGAAGUUCAUUGUUCUGGUUUUGCAGAUUACUGUUCCAUGUACCUGAAUUUUACACUUAUUCUCAUGGCUUUCGUUUUUUUUUGUAUUCCCUUGGAUUAUCUUUGGCAAAGAGUCCUUCUGAUUGCUAUCAAUCAAAUAAAUUGAAAUAUUUUCUUUUGAAGUUGAGCAGAUGGAGUACCUUUAAUUGUACAUUUUAAUAUCUCUAAUGCAAUGUUCUGCCAUUAUUUGAACCUAUGAACUAAUGUCCAAUUCUCCCUUAGCCUCAAAGGGCUCACCAAAUUCCAUGAUUGAGUUCCAUAUGCAAAUGAUUAUGAUUAUUCUGCUGUAAGUAAUUAUUCUGAGAACCAACUUAUUAAUGAUGUAUAGUAAGUUGGAAGAGUAUCUUGUCUGGUUGCAUUCCUGUAAUAACUGAAGGAAUCUUCGCGUACUUGUGUUUAAUUUAGAACUUUCCGGUAUAUUAGUUUUACAAUAUAAUGCCUUUUCAUGGGAUGUUGGUGGAAUUAAUCAUUUAUUUUUCUUUUUGUAUUCUUUGUACAAUUUAU